CAACAAUGUUGGCGUUUGAUGUUCCAAAGUAGCAAUUAACUGUAAAACGUUAAUAUUUCGCAUGAAACCAUUUACUUCGACUAGUUUCAAUGCAAGUUCUGCAAAUAACUUUCAUAUAAAUUCUGCAAAUAAUGAAAAUGUAGCAAGAGUUAAAGAAUUUCGAGAAUCGUCGGAGCUGGAUUCACACAGCAGUAGCAGUGGUUCCGACUCGACUGGAAAUGAUUCGGAAGAAACUAGUACCCCCGACAAACCGUGCUUGGAUGAAAGAAAGAAAGAGAGACCACCACUAGGGUUUUAUGUAAACAGAACUGGUUUCCCAAUAAAAGAUUUCGUUUGGGAAAGAAUGUGGCAACAUGUACAAAAUGUUCAUCCGAAUGGAUUUGCAACAUCCUUCAAAAUUCGUGCCAACAAAAGCUUACCCAAUGUACCUGUUCCAAACCUACCAAAUUUUACCCAUGGUAUGGACGUCGCUUUGAAGUUAGAGUUAGUCCAGAAAUAUAUUUCUGAGUUAAAGUACAAUCACACUGGGACUCAAUUCUUUGAGAUAAGAAAAGAUAGACCAUUAAGUGGAUUGAUGGAGUCAGCUAAAGAAAUGAUAAGAGAGUCUCUGCCAAUCAAAUGUCUAGAAGCGACCAUACUAGCGCUACAUCUUACAAAUGGCAUUCCUGGAUUACAGAGAUUUACUAUUGGUUUUAAGACUCAAAUCAACACAGCAUGGUUAAGUCAUGUUGUAUUAGGGAUAUAUUACAAUGGAAAAUUUGGUGCUCUUGGCUUGAGCAGAAGGGAUGACCUUAUGUACAAGCCACUUAAGUUUAGAACUUUAUAUGAUCUUAUUGAAAACUAUAAAACAUGUUACAACAAAUAUUUUCAUGUUUUGAAAAAAGUUAAGAUUGGUUAUCCAAUAUCACAUGACCCACAUAGCUAUGAACGGAUAAACUGGAAAUACCUGACACUCAGUAUGGACAAACUAACUACAGAGCAAAAAGUUAAAUUGAUGGAAAGAUUUUCAAGAGACUUAAAGACUGCAUCUCUUGGCUUUAGCAGCAGUCCACAAGUGACCUGCAAGAAAGAAUUACUGUAGUAUAUAUUUUAGAAUUUGUUGCAUGUGAAUACUGUAGAGAAAUUGAUUAAGUUUAACUAUUUAUGUCAAUCUAACCC